AGCCCAAACCAUCCCGAGCCCAUUCCACCCGUGCCUCCCGGAUAAAAACCCUAGCGGCCUCCGUCCCAUUCGAGUUUCGAUCUCUCCCAUCCGAGUGUCUCCUCCUCCGCCGCCGCCGCCGCCGCUUCCGUCGUCUCCGCCCGCCGAGGCCAUGCCGUCCCACAAGACCUUCCGGAUCAAGAAGAAGCUGGCCAAGAAGAUGCGCCAGAACCGCCCCAUCCCCUACUGGAUCCGCAUGCGCACCGACAACACCAUCAGGUACAACGCCAAGCGCAGGCACUGGCGUCGCACCAAACUCGGAUUCUGAGCGGUGGAAGAAAUGCUGGCUAAUGACGCUUGGGGGGUAUAGGGCUCUGCAGGCUAGGAAGCUCUUGUUUAAAUUUUUUUGCUUGUGUUAUUUGUCAUUGUAGUACCAUGUUUUGUCUGAUGGUUAAAGAACCGCCUUUAUGCUAUGGUGAAUUUAUUUAACCUUGCAGCGCCUUAAUCAGUUGAUCUCUAGCCAAUUAUUUUUCCAGUUUGCUAUG